UAAAAUGUUUGCUUUCCUUUGGAAAAUCUCUCUCUGCCUCUUGGUUUCAGAAGUGAUUACAGGAGACCUUCAAGCAGCAGAAGAAAAGCAGGCUAAAGAUGCUUCACCAACCCCUCAGCUCAGUGUCUGGCAGUUUGCAAGCCCCUCUCUGCCUCCUGAACUGAGAAAUCUCCAUGGCAUUGUGGAGGCUGAGCAAGUCAAUAGGCAUUUGCUGCGCCGAAGGAAGCGCUCCAUUCUGUUUCCCAGUGGAGUUAAGAUCUGCCCUGAUGAAUCUGUUGAACAGGCUAUUGCCAACCAUCUGAAAUACUUCAGGCUCAGAGUGUGUCAGGAAACAGUCUGGGAGGUCUUCAAGACAUUCUGGGAUAGACUGCCAGAGCGUGAAGAGUAUCACACCUGGAUGAGCCUGUGUGAGGAAGGAACAAUGAGCAUUUUUGAAAUGGGCAUGAACUUCAGUCAAUCCGAGGAGCACCGAAGUCUGAUUGUGAAGAAACUGUCCUAUACAAAGGAAGCAAUGGCUGGCUCCUGCACUGACUGGUCAUGCGGUGGAACUCCAACUCCAGCUUCAGAUGCUGAUGUUACCACAUUGAGAGAUGCAGCUGCCAAUGUUCCUCCUCCUCAUGAGGUCUCAAUUGAGAGUCCUCCAGGUGGUACCAGCCAAGAGAUGGAAGAUGCAGACACUACUAUCAAUAAUGAGAUAAAGAAGGAGGAUGAGACUCCAGUGAGACCUGUAACUGAGCAGAUGAUUGAGUUCAGCAUUGUGAUUGCUGGAGAGAAGUACAGCGAGGAGUUGAGCGACCCAGACACUGCAAAGUAUCAGCUACUCUCUGAACAAUUUGUUUCUCAGAUCCAAAAUGUAUUUGAAGGACUGCCUGGAUACAAAAACAUCCAUGUCAUGGAAUUCAGCUCUCCUGAGGAGGACAGUGGGGUGGAAGUUCACUAUGCUGUUACAUUUGAUGGAGAAGCCAUCAGCAAUGCCACUUGGGACCUGAUUAACCUUCAUUCCAACAAGGUGGAGGACAGCUCCUUUAUGGGGAUAGAAGAUAAUCCAACAGUUGUUUACACCAUCAGCGAUUUCCAAGAUUAUAUUGCUGAAAUUCUCCAGAAAAAUGCCUUGCUUGAAAACACUUCUUUGACAUUAGACCCUAACUCUCUCCAGCUUAUUAAUGUGAAAGAAAUAUUGCACCCUACUCAAGAAGAUCCAUCCUGGAUUACUGAGCAUCCAACUGUACUGGAGCAUGUGGAGUUUGAUGAUAACACUUUUUCAGCUGAAUGGCCUUCAGCAGAUGAAUCAACUGUCAGCAAUACCUUGCCCUUUGACUUCACCAAGCCAGAUUCCACUUUAGAUAGCGAUGAGUCCAACGACAAUGAAAUCCGACCAAGACCAGAAAGCUUGGACUCUGAGGUCAGUUUGAUACCUGAAGCUCCACUUUCUUCAGAGGCUGACAUCACAUCUUUGCCGGAUGGGCUGAAUUUAGGGGAUGGGAAUCAGACUCCUGCUUUGGUCACUGCACCAGGGAUAGAGCAUGAUUCUCUGGACUCUCUGGAAUGGCUUUCAGCCCCUGAUUCUUCAGAUGAGUUUGAAGAUACUGGACUAUCUAAUGACUUUCUUCUGCCUUCAAGUCCUCCUUCUCACCUUAUGCCUAAAGAACCUCCAUCUACAGAUGAUUAUAUAGCUCCCCUGCUUUCUGCACCAACAGUGGCCUCCUCAUCAGUCCUGGAGACCGAUACAAAAAGAACAGUGACUGCUGAGAAGAAAGAAGUAACUCAGGGUAGUCCUGCAGACAGUAGCAGUGCAGAUUCUUUGUUGCACGAGUCUGUGGAAGAAAGUCCUUUUCCUUUAGAACGUGAAAAUGAUAUUUAUCUUGGAGAUAGAAUUAUGUUUGAUGAUGGAUCUGGUUCAGCUUUUGAUGGUUCAGGAAAAGGAAUGGAACCAAGUAUUUGGCCUUGGGAUGUGGCAACACUGGAACCAGUUUUCUACCCUGGUCCUGAUAGCUGGCUUGAUGAUGAUAAUGAUUCUUUGUUAAUUAGAACUGAAGAUAUUCCUGAAGGUCUGAUCUUAGAUUAUAUUCUUAACUCUAGGAAUAAAUUAGAUGAUGAUCCUUCCAAAGAUGAGAAUGAAGGUGUGGCCAAUAUAAAAGAAAAUUUCCUUGACGAGUCUGAAAUAUUGGUCUUUCCAGAAACUACAACUCAGCAGGUACCUCUGCUACAGACAGGAGAGCCAUCAUCUGUGGAGCCAUCUACACAGACGGAAACGCUGAGCAUGGAUGAUUCUUCUUUUGUUAAACCACCCUUUGUUUUGGAGCCAUCAGAGGACUAUUCCUUUGCAGACCUGCCAACUGGAGAAGAUCCUUUCUUACCACACAGUACAAGUUUGUCUGUUGAAGAUAGUCUCCUUACAUCUACAGUAACUCUUGGUAUGGAGGAUAGUCUCCUUACAUCUACUGUAGCCCUUAGUGUAGAACAACCAGAAGAGUACAGUGUAGGUCAGGAGAUAAUUUCUGAAGCAGUUGAAGAUCAAAUUGAAGACAGGCCAACAGUAGAAGAAUUAUUCACAGCAGGGCAGUCAAACGUAGCUGAAGCUGCUACAAUAGGUUACUUGGACAAAAGCUCUUUAGAAACUGUUCUGACUGUGGAACCUUUUGUGGUAAGCACUGAUAGUUCCAUGGAAGAGCAUCAAACCGUAGAUUCAUCAUUGGCAGACAGAGACACUGGAUUAGCAAUAAAGAAGCCAGUUGAUGUUUGGCCUACUGACAGAGUACUAGAGAAGACAUUAGAUCAAACAGUGCAAUCAGCAAUUCCGACUGCAGCUCAAGUUUCAACUGCAGUUCCUUCUUUAAUAGAUCAAGCCACUGCUCUAGAUGGCUUUGCUGGGCAGGAUGGUACAGAACAUGACACACGUGUUUCCAUGAGCAUCAGCACCAUUCUGAAGUCCUAUGUAACUGUAACAGCAGGCACUGUUGAGCUUCCAUCUCAUCUCCCUCCCAUGGCAUCCACAGUAUCAUCAUCUGUGGUUACCUCAGCAAAGUUGGGAGAUGAAACAACAAGAGUCCUGGAUGUUUCAGUGGACCUGGAUCAUGUGAGCAUGGUCAGCUUUUCUCCAGAGCCAAGUGAGGAGGCAAAGAGCAUGACUGACAGUCACAUGGAGCCAACUACCCAUGCCCAUUCCACACAGAUGGCCGGUGUGGCUUGGCCCACGCAUGAAAAUCACAAUAGCACUCCUGUUCCAUCACGAGCUUUAGUUGUGUUUUUCAGUCUUCGGGUUACCAAUAUGAUGUUUUCAGAAGACCUGUUCAAUAAGAAUUCCCCUGAAUAUAAAGCAUUAGAGCAACGAUUCUUGGAACUGCUGGUGCCAUACCUUCAGUCAAAUCUAACAGGCUUCCAGAAUCUGGAAAUCCUGAACUUCAGAAAUGGCAGCAUUGUGGUGAACAGUCGAAUGAAGUUUGCCAAACCUGUGCCUCGAAAUGUCACCAACGCUGUGUAUAUGAUCCUGGAAGACUUCUGCAACACUGCAUAUCACACCAUGAACCUGGCCAUUGAUAAAUACUCUCUGGAUGUGGAAUCAGGAGAGCAAGCAGAUCCCUGCAAGUUCCAGGCCUGCAACGAGUUCUCUGAAUGCUUAGUGAAUCGCUGGAGUGGGGAAGCUGAGUGUGUCUGCAAUCCUGGCUACCUGAGCAUCGACGGGCUGCCCUGCAAUAGCAUUUGUGAUCUGCAACCCAACUUCUGCCUGAAUGAUGGCAAGUGCGACAUCAGCCCUGGGCAAGGGGCCAUAUGUAGGUGUCGUGUAGGAGAGAACUGGUGGUACAGAGGGGAGCACUGUGAAGAAUAUGUGUCUGAGCCACUGGUCGUGGGUAUUGCCAUUGCAUCUGUGGCAGGAUUCCUUCUGGUGGCAUCUGCUGUUAUCUUCUUCUUGGCAAGGACCCUUCGAGACCAGUACACAAAGAGUGACACCGAGGACUCACAGGGGCAGGGUGACAGCCUCUCGUCCAUUGAGAACGCAGUUAAAUACAACCCCAUGUAUGAAAGUGAUACGACUGGCUACAGCCAUUAUUAUCGCAGAUACCCUCAGCUAACGUCCUACAGUUCUACCAGUGCAGAGACAUCCACCGACUACAGCAGUGAAGAGAUAAGGCACAUUUAUGAAAACAGUGAGCUUACUAAGGAGGAAAUUCAGGACAGAAUUCGAAUUAUAGAGCUCUACGCUAAGGACCGUCAGUUUGCAGAGUUUGUUAGGCAGCAUCAAAUGAAGCUGCUUUAAGAAAAAAAAAAAAAAGAAAUCAGUAGAGACCACGUGGGAGAUAAAGACUACCUUGUUGCCAUAGCAAUGGGCUCAGAUGUAACUGCAAAGUUACUUAUAGUCUUAACAUUGCAUGGAUGGAUACAGAUGUUUUCUAAAUGAAUGGCUGAAAUGUACAGAUGUCUGUUUAUCUCAAUUACCUCUGGCUUCUCUGCAUAAAGUGACAUUUUUAAGAAGUGAUCAGAAGUGGCAGAGGUUAUGAAAGUUCAUUUUUCAUUAACUCUGAAAUGGACAGUGGUAAUUUGUACACCAAGGCAAAAAAAAAAAAUCUCCUCAGAAAAGAGAAGAUACGUUCACAAACUAAAAAUAAAAGGCACCUUUAAAAUCCUGUCUGGCAUUUAUCCCCUCACUGGAAUCUACUGCAGUGAAUUCACAAGUACAAGGUGCUAGUGGAAAGAAUGUGGUUUGCACGUGAAUGGUUUGUAGGAGAGAAGCACAGUGAUAGAAGGGUGUUAGCAUUAUUUUAAAGCAUUCCCAGCAUAAACACAAAAGUAACCUCAUCGGAAAAGAUGUUAUUUUACACAACUGCCUGAUUAAACUUUUGCCACCUGGCAUUAGCGAAACAUCACACUGCUGAGGCUGCAGCCCUCUGAAACGCUCUCUCCACACAGUAAGUGUCACUGCUGGCUUGCAGUGGCCACAUCUGGUACCAGAGCACAACAGGGCACUUCUGCAAUACAGUGUUAUAAUGUCAUGAUGGGUGGCACUCCAGCUGUUCCUGAAAGACACACGAGCAGGGACACAGAAGGUCUUCUAUAAUACAAAUGUUGUGUAAAAGUUAAGUGACCAACAUUGACUUUUUUGUACAUAGACAAUUUGUUGUUAAGAUGCAUUGUUUAUUUGUUGUGUAUUUCCUUACCAGCUUAUUUUCAGAAUGGAUUUGAUUGCUGAAAUAGAAAGAUGAGUAGGAUAAUGACAAAAUACUACAGUGAUGUUUGUGCACAUCUUUUUUAAAACCAUAGUUAGUAUUUACUCAGUGUUGGAUUCAGCCAAAUAUUGGUUACAUUUUCAUUUCUGAACAGAGCAAUACUGACCCACCAUGAACUGUGUUUCAAAAUCAAGCUGUGGUAUUUAUAUGCAUACAUAUUUGCUGAAUGGCAAUAGUUUCUUAGGGGGAAGAGAAAAAGCCAGACUCGCCUCAGCCAGGGCAGUCUUUCUCUAGCAGAAGCAGCUCUCCUGAAGCAUUUUAGAGCAACUGAAUAGAUAUGGGACCUUACAAGGUACAGAAACUGCAUUUUAUCUUGAAAUUCUAAAGAGAGCUUUGACCACCUGUUAAAGUAUGUGGGAGCUCUGGUUAGACACAACAUUUGUGUUGCUAAGGCACUAACACUGCAAUCAGGGCUAGGGCACUAACAAUCUACAGUAGCUUCUACCUGCAAACAAGUCCAAGAUGCUUGUUGUCUUUACAAAGGUAAUUGUAGCUUUCUGUCCACAUGUGCCAACAGCCACACGAUACUUUUGCAAGUUUGGUGUUAGUGAGAAUUACUUACUUGACUAUAGGCUGAUUUACCUAAGCAAGUAAAGAUUUCAGUACAAUUUCUUUAUGCGUUCUGGAGAACCUUGCUGGAUCACUUCCACAGUAUCUUUUUGCCUUGAGGGGCAGCAAAUGGCAGAGCCACAAAUCUGUCAAAGAAAGGUUUACAGAAAUCACUGUAAGCCCAAAUAAUACAAAGCAGUGGAAUACGGUGCAGAUUAAUACUGUUGUGACCAGGUGUUAGAAGACAGAGGUCACACAGUGUGACCCAGUGCUCUCAGGGCAGCUGGGAUCAGGUACGUCUUAAUGAUACUCAACUACCUGCUGGACAACUCUUGGUAUUUCAGUGUAUAUACUGUGUUUCUUUCCUGUUUGUGUGUGUGUGUACCUAUAAGCAUAAUGAUAUUUUCACUACAAUAAAAUACAAUUUCCAAAA